GGCGUUUUAGCCUAGCUGGAGCGAAAAAGUAAAUACUGUAUCAGCUAAAGUACAGCUCUUCAGAGAUACAAUUACCAACAGAGCAGAGAGUAAUGCCUAAGAUUAGUACCGACACAUUGUGGGACUUGGCUGCAGCUGAGGUUCAGGCCAGAGAGAGAAGAACUGAGGAAGAGGAGGAUAAUGCUGAUGAAGAAAGUCAUGCUCCCUGUGAGAGGACUGUGUUCUUUACUGGCAGUAAAGCUGGGGGCAAAUCAUCCAUACUGUACAGGUGUCUUGACAAAGAUGAAGCCCCUAAACCAACCCUAGCUUUGGAGUACACGUUUGGUAGACGAGCAAGAGCACAUAACACGUCUAAAGACGUCGCUCACCUCUGGGAACUGGGAGGAGGCACAUCUUUAUCAGAUCUUAUUCAGAUCCCCAUCACACCACAGAAUGUCAGCACUCUUUCUGUAGUGUUGGUUCUGGAUCUGUCAAAGCCAAAAGCUCUUUGGACCACCACAGAGAAACUGAUUCAGGCAGCUCAGAACCAAGUGGAAAAAUCAUACAGCUUAAAAAACAAAAAGCCAGGAGAGUCCAGACCAAGCAAACAGCAAAACCAGAACCAAGUAUUGCGUAUCCUCCCUAAAGACCACCCAGACAGAGAGCUUAUUAGUCCCUUUCCUGUGCCUCUUCUUUUGAUUGGCAGCAAGUUUGACAUCUUUCAGGAUUUUGAGCCAGAGAAAAGAAAGAUGAUCUGUAAGACCCUGCGUUUUCUGGCUCAUUACUACGGUGCAUCUCUAAUUUUCACCAGCAGUAAAUCAGAGACCACGAUGUCUAAAGCAAAGAACCUCUUCAAUCAUUUAGCAUUUGGGACUGAAAGAGGGAAGUCCAUCUCUACAGACCCCAGCAAACCUCUUGUAAUUCCAGCUGGCAUGGACUCUCUCAGUCAAAUAGGCUCUCCUCAGACAGUUGAUGUUGAUAUUGGAACACUGCAUGCUAGAAAUCCACUGGAUCUAUGGAAGAAAGUCUUUGAAAGGGUUUUCCCUCCAGAGAGCAUCAUGGAGCAUAAGGAGCUGAAGAAUCCAGCCAAGGACCCUCAGUACAGCGAGCCCCUUAUAGAUGCCAUGAGGGCACAGAAAGAUCAGGAGCUGGAACAGUACAGACGAGAACAGGCAAAAUCCUGGAAAGGCUUGGCUCUGGAGACCUAAAGCUACAACUGCCAUGCAUAGCCAAUUUGUCUUCCACUGCUGGGGAUUGCAAUUGUGUCCGAGGAGGGUAUAUUCAUGUGCGCAGUCCCUUGACCCCCUCUUAUUUGCCUGCGCUUCAGUGGAUUCGCAUAUGAGGCCGGAUAUAGCACACAGAGAGACGCGCAUGGACCUCCAGACUCCUCCACUUCUGUACAGGCUCCUUGGGCCUGCGCCAUCACGCAGACUGUCUGCUGCAGGCACUGCCAAUUAAGCCCGCUAGGAGUUCAGAAUCCCAGCGCUGGUGGGCUAGCGGAAUAUCCCGCUGCACUACUUGAGCACCCCAUCAAUUACUUUUUAAUGCUAUAUUGUAAAAUGUAUGUCAGUGGGCAAGACCUGUGUUUUAGAUGGAUGCUAAUCAAGUCCAAGUGAAUGCAGCCUUACAUUUAAAGGCCAUUAAAUAAAAAGGUUACAACAGCACGAACCACAGAGACAUAAGCAAACAAAAGAUGUUUAUCACAUUGAUAUAGUGCAUUUUAAUAAUACAUUGUCUAAUACUGCAUUAAUACCUUAGAAUGUGAGAGAAAACAAUGUUUAUUAAACAUU